AUGGUUGUUACGAGUAACGGAUACAUCGUAGACCUGACAUUAGUGACCAAUCACCCCCUCCUGGAUCCUCCCAACACACGUGAUCAAUAUAUCGGCGCUUACCUAGGACAGAAAGAUGCGAGCAUCAGAGACAAUAUUAUGUUUGACCGCAUUAUUCGGACCAUUGAUACUACACGUCUCCCAAACUACAUCGUCACAGUAAAUGAAGGUCAAUGUAUAAGAAAGCUCAUCUUCGAACAGUCUUAUCAAACCAAGGCAUUAGGAGCAUUCUUCGUAGCUUUCGAAUAUGAAGGAACCACACGUACUUCUUCAACUGUUGUCUUGAUGCACAAUCCGACAAUCUUGCCUGAACAGACAACUUUGACUGUCCAUGUCGGGGAAACUGUUACAAUCGCUGUUGUCACCAACAUAACGGAAGAUGAUUUGCGAUGGCGGUUUAAUGGUGAAAAGAUAUCUGACAGUAAUGGAAAGCAGAGUCUUACCUUGGUGAACGUGCGGCUAAACCAAGCUGGGGUAUAUCAGUGUUUUGUAAAUGGAAAACGAUGGGAUGCAGGAAAUGCAAUAUUCCUUCUUCAUGUCGUCAGAUGCCCAGCUUAUCGUUGGGGAUCUGAAUGUGAACAUACCUGUACUGAGUGUCUCAAUGGAGGCAUGUGCGAUGCAGACUUAGGAGAGUGUGUAUGUCCUCCUGGUUUCAACGGGACAAUAUGUGAACACGCCAUAUGCUUCAACAACAAGCUUCCGAAUAGAAUUAUUAACUUUUAG